CCUCCACUACUAUACCGCGCUAGAGAUCUUGGACUCGGCUUCGCGAAGGACUGGAAACGCGGUUCCGGUUGGUGGGGUCCAAUAUCGGUGGCGUGUCCCACGAAGGUGCUGGCAGUAUGAGAGACGACCCAUGAAAGUAACAGUGCGCCUUCCGUCCACCUUCGUUGGCUUGUGGCAUGAUCGCCAGAUAGACUGAGCUAGUCGUAUACUUAUUGUCCUGGAGAACGGUGUUCGUGCCUCGUCCCGCAGGUAUCAAUAGCGCCGCGUCGUCCUUCAGUGUCGUACAGAUACAAGGUCGCGAGUGCAGCAACAAUCGCAUUUUGCCGCUGUGGCUCCGUGCAUCUUAAGCGGAUGAAUCUGAUGCGCGAUGUGUACAAGCUGAGGAUCUCCUGACUGAAAAUCUUGACUAAGUCAUUGGGAGACUAGACCAAACGAUAAACAUGGACUGGGAGGUACGAGCGGCAUCGCUGAUUCUCUGCUUGGGAAUUCUGCUCGCGACAAUACAUGAUGGAAUUGCCGAACGCAGAAUUGUCUGUUAUUACACGAACUGGUCAGUGUAUCGGCCCGGCACAGCGAAAUUCUCCCCUCAAAACAUAAAUCCAUAUCUUUGCACUCACUUAAUCUAUGCAUUCGGAGGUUUCACAAAAGAAAACGCAUUGAAACCAUUCGACAAGUAUCAAGACAUCGAGAAAGGCGGAUACGCGAAAUUUACGGGUUUGAAGACCUAUAAUAAGAAUUUGAAGACGAUGCUGGCGAUCGGCGGUUGGAAUGAGGGCUCCAGCAGAUUUUCACCGAUGGUAGCCGAUUCUGCGAGACGGCGGGAAUUCGUCAAGAACACUGUUAAGUUUCUUAGGCAGAAUCAUUUCGACGGCCUCGAUCUCGACUGGGAAUAUCCAGCGUUUAGAGAUGGCGGAAAACCGCGAGAUAAGGACAAUUACGCCGACUUGGUGCAGGAACUUCGUGAGGAGUUUGAGAGAGAAUCUUCGAAGACCGGAAGAUCGAGAUUGUUGCUGUCGAUGGCGAUGCCCGCCGGUAUCGAAUAUAUCGACAAAGGCUACGAUGUACCCAGACUAAACGAAUACUUGGACUUUAUUAAUUUACUCUCUUACGACUAUCACUCAGCGUACGAGCCCGCUGUCAAUCAUCAUUCACCGUUGUAUCCCCUGGAGGAGGACAACGAAUACAAUUACGACGCGGAAUUGACUAUUGAUUAUACAAUAACUCAUCUCUUGGAGAAAGGCGCGUCCGCAGAUAAGGUCGUUCUUGGAAUACCAACAUAUGGUCGGUCGUAUACGUUGUUCAAUCAAGAUGCAACCGAACUCGGAUCGCCAGCGGAUGGUCCUGGUACCGAAGGAGAUGCUACUCGAGAGAAAGGCUAUCUUGCCUAUUAUGAGAUUUGCGAGAGUAUAAUAGAUACUGACGAAUGGGAAGUUGUUCAACCAAAUCCAAAAGCCAUGGGACCAUACGCCUUCAAAGACAAUCAAUGGGUAGGAUAUGACGACGAGGACAUAGUCAAAUUGAAAGCUCAUUAUGUGAAUGAGAAGAAAUUGGGAGGUAUUAUGUUCUGGUCGAUAGACAAUGACGAUUUUCGUGGGAAAUGCCACGGUCGACCUUAUCCAUUGAUUGAGGCUGCCAAAGAGGCAUUGCUUACGGAUAGGUAACCUUAUAUAUUAGAUAAUCGGAAAAAGAUCCGCACUCAAAAUACGCAAAGCAGCACUCGUAAAUCGAGUAUAAGCAACCGAAGAAGUAGCACUACAUCUGCUCCGAUUAUCAGCAAACGUGUAUCCUCUUCAAGACCAAAAUACCGUACCAUUUCGCAAGCGAGCAAGGAGGAACAGGAAGAUCGGGAAGUAUCUAGAAGAUCAUAUGAUCCAUCAUCAGAUGAAGACACAGAGGGUAGAAACACUGUAAGAGUCACAGAGAAAACCGAGCGACCGAAAAGUCAAAACAGGAGUAAAACGCAAAGCGGUGCUGCCGAUCGUACUACUCGUAGAAAGCAUUCCAGACGUAAGGGACAAAACAAGGCUGGUGAGAAUGAGGAAUCCAUAAGCAACAAGCUAACAACUCCCGAACCACCAACUACACCCGAUCCAGGAACUGAUUUUAAAUGUGAGGAUGAAGGCUUCUUCCCGCAUCCUCGUGAUUGCAAGAAAUAUUUCUGGUGUCUUGAUAGUGGUCCCGGUGGACUUGGCGUAGUUGCGCAUCAAUUCAUCUGUCCAUCAGGAUUGGUAUUCAACAAAGGGGCGGAUUCUUGUGAUUAUCCGCGUAACGUAAUUUGUCCCAAGACGUCGAAAACAUCGAUCGUCUCUACAACUAGAUCGCCCAUUACGGCCGCGACAAGUCGAACAACUUACUUGCACAGCACAACAACCACACGAGAUGAGGAAAACGAAGAAGUGGAAGAAGAGGAGGAGGAGGAGGAGGAGAAGCGUAAGAAACAACCGAUGACUACCACAACAACGAGACCACUCGUGUAUAAAACACUCACCAGAAAUAGACCAAGUACCACUACUACUACGACGACCACUUCGAAACCAAGUGAACCAGAAAGAGUUGAUAGCGAAGACGAGGAAGAUCCAAAGGUUAUCAAAGAACUCAUCGAUCUUAUUAAAAAAGCUGGAGGAAUAGAAGAGUUGGAAAAGCAAUUGCUAUUUCAAGAAAAGAAUUCGGAUACCAAAUCAGGCAGCGAAAGUAUCACACCGGCUACGAUUAGUCGUAGUUUAUAUGAACGUGUACUGAAUCGCCAAACGAAUAAAAUUGGUAAUCAUCGACCUGUGUUAUCGUCCUCGGAAACCAGUUACGUGAAUGGACCAGGAAGAGCACAGUUCGAAGGUUUGGACGAUAUCCCUGAAGUGAAGAGUCUCAGACGAUCACAGAAACCUCAAUAUGUCACCAUCGAAAGAUCCAAAUCGAUCACGAAAGAAUCUUCAUCCGAGAACGAAGAUAUCAAUGAGAACGAGGAAGACAACACUGAUGUAGCUUCCUUUGAAGGAAAAAGCAUCAGUAACCCGUUAGAAGAUAUCUUAUCCACUCAACGAGUGACGCCAAGUUACGUAAAUAUUCGACGAACGCGACCUUCCACCACGACAUCUAAAAUCGAGAAUGACGUGGAAGAGAAGGAAAUUGAAAUCGAAGAGGAAAAAUCGACUCGCAGACGACGACCGAUCGUUUCUUCAAAACAACAUGAUAAUGAAGCAAGCUCUGAAACGUCUAAACCUUUUCGAAAUCGUGAUUCAGGUUUCAGAAAAUCAGAGAAAAGAGAAGAUAAAAGCACGAAUCAAUCAGCAGACAAAGAUAAUGAUUCAUCAACAACCAAAACUAGGUACUCCAAUAUACAAAGAUUCAGAAGUACCACUUUGAAAACUUCGGAAGGAACUUUGUCUAGCAUAAUACCUUUAUCAGAGAUUAGCGAGACGACUUCACCAACGAGAUUAGAAGAGUAUCCAGAGGUAUCUAAGAAAACAGUCAGUACGACCGCUUCGUUGUCUACGACACCUGCAACGACUACUUCAACUUCUACCGAGGUUAUCACCACAAUUAGUGUCGAACCGCCAGAAAAUCCAUCUAAUGUUAGCUCUAGAACGGACAUCGACUCCACUACUGACUCGAUGAAACUGGUGGAAGAUUCGGCGACGGAGAUCUUAUUUACAACGUUGCCGGCAAUUAGCAGUAGUUCAAGUCAGUCGACGACGACAACAACAACAACGACAUUAGCAAGCAGAUCGACGAUCGCCGCGGUUUCGCAACCGCGACCGUUCGGUUUUACCAGACGAAGAUCCGGUUCAUUAGAAGCGACGACGACGGCUACGACUCCAUUGAGCAAGUUCAAGGUGAGUAUUACACCGCGAAAUUCUACGCGUCCGUCCAAUCCGGUUCUGGGGCGAGUUCGAUUAAGGACAAAACCAGUCAAACGAGUUACCGAGGAGGAGUUAGUGGAUCAAGUGGACAUUCCACGUGCGGAGACUUCCACAUCCAGGAGCAAGGAUCUUAAUAGAUUACGUGGCAGGGGAUCCAACAGGUACACUCCACCAACGUCGAGAUCAAAGACGCAAGACGUUUCCGCGAACUCCGUCCCAGGUCUCAGGUACAGAGAAAGAGGCAGAACAACAGCUUCAACUACCGUUGGUACAGUUACCACUGAUGAUGUUAAGAGAAGAUAUCGAAGACCUAGCAGAGUUAAUAACCCAGAAACUAUUAAAGCUAAUGAAUUGGAUGAUAGCCCGAUAGUAAGAAUAACACAAGGUGAUUCUAGAAAAAAUCCAUUGUAUCAAUCGCGAUCUGACGAGGAGAAUAAUAAAAUAACGAACAUCAGGGUAUUUAGAAAGCCGACUGUUAAUCGCGAGUUGUAUGACAGAACGAAGUACACGAGAAAGAGAAACAACGUGGAAGAGUCGUUGCAAAAAGUAAAUGAUGACUUGAAUCAAAAACACAUAGCAUCGAUGACAGUAAAAGCUUUCAGAACAGGUACUUCUGCGGAAGCUGACAGGAUUGAGGGAAACGAUUUGUUGAACGGCGUUGAUCAAUCAACCGCAAAAAAUGAUUCCGUUGUUGAAUCCAACACUAUCCAGCCGAUCUACGAUUUGAAACCAAUCACGCAAAUUGAUGUAACAACUAUAUCUAGCAAUAAAGUAGAUGCGAGCAACCAAUCCAAAGAUACUGUUACCACAACGACCACUCGCAUCGAAACUCAUCAAUUUAAUCCUGAUUUGGUAACGAUUGUUUCUACCGAACGCGCCUUUGAUGUUGCAGAAAAAACAUCGGGAACGCCAAGAAAACGAAAGGUUUUCCUAAGAAAGAGACCGAUAUCAUCGAGCACAGUUGUUAAUAUUAUUGAAACAGACGAAGAAGAAACAUCUCAAGGGCCUCGCAGACGAAAAGUGAUAAAACGUAAACGUCCGCUUCAAAAUACUUCAACAUCGAUUGAAGUUCCCCUCGAAGAAGAAGAAGAAGAUUCGAGUCUUCUUUUAAAAUCGACGACUCCAAUGGGAAGCGAUAAAGAUGUUGAAAAAUCGACAGUUUCUAUUAAUCAGACAGAGGUUACUUUAAUAAGCCAAAAUACUGAAGAAUCGACGAUUGUUACUGAUUUAACCGGACUUACGAGAGAAAUGGAAGAUUCGACUUUGACUGUCACGGAAACCACCUUGUCUACAGAUUACAACCCUGAUGGUUUUACGAAGGUUACUUUGGAGACUCCCGCGAUUGAAACCACAACGAUAUCAGGCGAAGAAGUUACAGAUAUUUUCAGCACUGCUACUAUAUCAACGAUUAAUACAGAUGCUGAUGAGAUUCAGCGGUCAACAAUUGAAAUGGAUACCGAAGUUACUACAAUUGAAUCAACGUUGGCGACAGGCACUACUUAUAACACUGAAAGCAUGUUUUUAGAAGAUGCAUUAAUACCGUCUACUGAAGCUGAGAAUUUAUCCACUACUCGCGUGCAAACCACCACGUUGUCCACAUCGGAUUCAGAUUCAGCUACUACUCGUACACAAGCAACUACUACACCAUUUACGACGGAAUCAGAUUCCUUUUCAGCUACAAGACCGAGUUCCGAUUCGAGAUACGCACCUUAUAUUGAGGAUGUUGAAGACCGUAAAGUCGGGAGAACAGAGUUUACAGAAAAUAAUACGUAUCGAUUAACACCGAUUGUUACUCGCGGGCCCGAGAUUCGGCCACGAUACAAGGUUCCAAUAAUAUUGAAGAGGCCAUUCGAUCCUGAAGAAGCUUUAUCGCCGAGGCGAUAUCCUCCAUUAGAUUCUGCACCUGAAGAAUCCGAGGAGACACCAGAGACGAGGGAUGCUAGGCUGAGACAAUCCGGCUUCCGGCAGCCGCGAAUGCGUUAUAAGCUUCUAAAUCGGAAUAAUGUUAAAAUCGAGGAAAAAACUACGCAGCCGAGUCCGGACUCUACGAGCACUUGGCAAUAUUUCAGAACACGUUCGUAUCCAAAACGUACGUCAACCAGUACGGAAGCGGCAGUCACAGAGACUUUGAUACCGAUGAAAAAAUUUGAUUACGUUGCGGAUGCUUUCCAUCGGAAACAGCAAUCACUGAGAACAACAACGCCAAGGAGCAACGAUUUUUUUGACUCACAAAAUUUAAUUGAUCCAUAUUAUACUACAGUAAAACCAUCCGUAACUAGAUUGGUAACCUCGGUAACAGAAUCCGGUACCACGGAGCGGCAGAAGAUCCUCAUCAAGACCAAGUAUUCGUCACUGACAUCGACCACGAGGAUACCAGCGGAUCAAUUCCCUCCAACAACUCCGUUGUCAACUUUGACUGGAGUCAACGAUGACCCUGCCAACGAAGUUCGUCAUGGUGUCGAGCGAUCCACCUUGCCCAUCGAGGGCGAGUUCAAUUAUCGUUAUAAUGAUCGAUUUACUACAGAAUCUUAUGAGUCUUCGACUAUCGAGAUCGAGUCAGUAUUCAGCAAUCUGAUCGCCGAAAGCGCGCUGCAUUAUUCUGAUUUUCAGGUCGCCGAUUCGGAAGCUAUUAGGCUGCCGACUCUGAAGGAACUGAUUGGCUAUCCGACGACUUACUACGACGAUCGUACUGCUACGACGUCGUCAUCCGUACUCUUGCACUUGUUGCGUAACGAAGUGGACAACGAUAUUAGCCAGCAGAACGUCGAGAAGUUGUUGAGAGAAACAGACGAGUCGCAAGACGGUGAAAAAGAGAUCACCCAAUCACCGAGAGACAUAAAUGAAGAAACCGGCGAUUCGUGGCUGCAACAAGCCUCGGAAAACAGAGCGAGAUCUCGCACUUUAAGAAAAGACGACGUUACAAACUUUGAUGAACAAGUUUCAGUCACGAACAUUAUUCAAGAAGACGAGACUGAACGAAAGACGUCUACCAAUUCGAUGUAUUUGAAACCAACGACAAUGCGCGGCAUUUCUCUCGUUAGUCUGAUUUCCAAUCCAGUAAUGCGUGGAUUUUACAUCACCAGAAGCGAAAAUGUAUCAUCAAUAUUGGUGGAUAAUUCUACACCACUUUACACAACGACUGAUAUUCCCGUUGAACAGCAGACGGAAACUAUUUUAAUUUCCGACGUUUCUAUGCCUGAUGAGACUGUUACUGUCGCUUAUAAUGAUCAGAUUGAAUCGGGACCUAAUAUUCUCGACGACAAUGUAAAUAUCAUUAACGACAAAGGUAUCGAUAUUCACGAAGAGAAAUAUUCCGUACCCAAUUCUUCAAUGACUUUCUCAAACCCUGAGAUUUCAAAUCAUGAAAAAUCUGACUUAAUUACAGUUCUUGUCGAUGAGCCAACGUCCAAGAGAGAAAAAUCGUUGCACAAUUUUAAUCAUAUGACGCCACUUUUUAACUCUUACGUCGCAUCUUCGACAACGCCGACAAGACGAAAAAUCGCCCUCGAUGUAAAUAGAUCCAACGAAGCCAUCACGCCGUUGUGGACGGGCAGACGUAUAGUGGUAAAGAAAAGAAAUAGGACUACCGUUUCACCAAUCAAGGACGCUAUAAGACAAACAGAGAGCGAUUCUAUUUAUGCCGUAACGAACACUUUAAGAAGCGCUUCUUUAACUGAAGCUUCAACUUUGGCUUCAAGAAAUAAACUUUCUACGGCUUCGACCAUAUCGACAACUUCUCUAACGGUAUCCGAUGAUUUUACGGCAUUUCCUGAAAUUUUAAGCGUUUACAAUAAUCUUGCGAAUUCUAACGCCAAAACUGAAGAGUCAGAAAGCAAUGUAACUGAGACAGUGACUUUAACAAAUUCAAUAAUCGCAGCGACUCCUUUAAAAACUAUUCCAUCAAAUGAUGACACAACUGCUGAUAUUUCAACGUUUUCAGAUGAUUCUACAAUCAUGAAUGUUCCUGUAGUUAACGCGUCUGUUACGACGUCAUCGACGAUAGCAGUUUCAAAAGUACCCACAGUUGCGACUGUCAUAAUCUAUACACCCACAACUAUAAGUACUGAAGUUGAAACUACUCCAAAUUAUUCCGUAACUGAUAAUUCAAUAAUUGAAAAUGCAAUUCUAACUGAUCCUGAAACUACGGUUACGUUCGCAGCAAAUACUGAAAGUGAAAUUCCUUCUACAAAUGUAAAUAUAAUUCCGGAGACUACUACAAUUGUAACAGAUCAUGUAACCGAUACAGUAACGAAUAAUUCUAAUGCCAAAACUGAAGACUCGGAAAGCAAUGUAACUGAGACAGUGACUUUAACAAAUUCAAUAAUUGCAGCGACUCCUUUAAAAACUAUUCCAUCAAAUGAUGCCACGACUGCUGAUAUUUCAACGUUUUCAGAUGAUCCUACAAUCAUGAAUGUUCCUGUAGUUAACGCGUCUGUUACGACGUCAUCGACGAUAGCAGUCACAGUUUCAAAAGCACCCACAGUUGCGACUGCCAUAAUCUAUACACCCACAACUAUAAGUACUGAAGUUGAAACUACUCCAAAUUAUUUCGUAACUUAUAAUCCAAUAAUUGAAAAUGCAAUUCUAACUGAUCCUGAAACUACGGUUACGUUCGCAGCAAAUACUGAAAGUGAAAUUCCUUCUACAAAUGUAAAUAUAAUUCCGGAGACUACAAUUGUAACCGAUCAUGUAAAUACAGUAAUGAAUACUGGAGUCGUAACUACAUCCAGACCAGUAACUGCUAAUGCGCAGGAAAUUGUAAAUGAUUCUGCAAAUAUGACUACAGUGCAAAUUACAAAUACUAAUAUUGGUAUUACUUCCUCAAAUUAUUCCGCAGAUGCAAUUUCAACAACUAUAAGUACGCACGAUGUAAUUGAUUCUACAACCUUGGUUACAGCUGCAAGUGUUACAGCUGAAACAUUUUCCAUAACUAAAAAUUAUUCCACAUUCACUACAGUUAAUAAUGCUACAAUUCCCGUUACUACUUCACCUUUAACAGUCAUUCCUUCAACUGUGAACACGCAACAUAUACAUGCAACUACACCCAUGACAACGAAUAAUCUCGCAGAUAUAAAUACUGUAACGACAAAUAUAAUGACUACGCCUCUUAAUGUAAUUAUUCCAACGACUACUGAUCUUAAUGUAAUUACAUCGUCUAUAAAUACAAACAUUCCUUUCACUUCUUCAACCAGCGAGAUCUCGCCAAUUAUGAUUCUAUCUAAAAAUAAUUCUGUGACUUCGCCCAAGACUCUCAUUACGAAUACAGAUAUAACUUCAACAAAUUCAGAUGUUUCUACAAUUUUAACGCCUGAAUUCUCUACAAUAUAUCUCGAAAAUUCAAAUAAUUUUAAUAGCAGCAAUUCCGAGAUAUUAGCCGCUACAACAAUUGCAGAGAUUACUGAAAUUACUGAAAUUCCCAUAACGUUCGAAAUCCCUUCAACAUUUACUUCGACAGCAUAUCCAAAGCCUCAUUCUAGUAUAAAUUUCGAAGCAUCAUCUGUUGUAACAACUACAUUGUCAACCCAAGGGGAUGAAAAUUCCUCUACUCCAGUAAUCACUCAAAUUCCUUCAACUCCCCUUUCAAUCACAACAUUAAUUACUAACAAAACGAUUGUAGCUGUAGAACAAUCUACAGCUCCUACGCCCUUUGCGACUACUGACGAAUUGAUUGCGAUAAACUCCACUAUUCGAACAACUACGGACACUUAUAAAUCAGAUUUUGUACGAACAAUAAGUGAAGAGUCUUUAACGUUAGAACAGAAGACAGAUGUUAAGGAAACUUCAAUGAAAAUACCAAGUCAAACUGAAGAUCAAACAAUUGCAACUAUUAGCAAAUUGAGUUCUGCCCAAACAAUGAGGAAUGAGUUUACAGCUCCAGAAAUAAAGGUGUCAGAAGAAACUAUUUCAAAGAUUACAGAAAAUCAAAAACAGAAUCAAACGGAACUCAACACAACCAAUUAUCAAUUCAAUCAAAAAACUGCUAAACGUCGCGUUUUAAAUCGAACAAACAAUUGGCUUGGAAGUCCUACAACAUUACAAAGAACUAAUGAAUAUCCUCGACGUCAGGUUACAUUGUACCGUAGACGAUUACAAAGACCUGCUGCUCAUAUUUCGUCUUCAAAAGCGAUCGAGAAGAAUCGUAAAAGAAGAAUCAUACAGAAAAGAAUCAGAAUUAAUUCUGAAGCGUUCAAUAAUACUAUUAGAUCCGAUCAAGAUACUGUUGAUGUUCAAAAUAUUACUGAUCAUGCUUAUAAUCAGGUAGAAAAUAUGAGAAGAAGGAAAGUUGUACUAAAGAAAAGAAUCAAGGAAGAAACGAAUACCAUUUUACCCACAGAAGAAACAACAGUAUUUCUUCAGACAUCUACCAUUAUUGAGAAUGAAACACUUCAAACUCAUUAUGAGAAUGAAAAUAUCAAAGAAAAACAAGAAGUUAUAUUGAAAGAAUCUAAAGAAAGUUUGUUAACAACAAAAAACAUCAGUAUCAAUUCUAGUUCUGCUAAUAAGAGUUUUCCAGAUAAUAUUCAAAAUAAUCUUUAUGUAGUUAAGGAUUUUUCUAAACUAGAAAAUCCGAAAAAUAAACCUAAAUCCGAGGAAAAGAACCUAAUCGAAGGAGAGAGGGUAGAUUUUGAUUCUAUCAAUACAAAUCUGCGAGAUAAUUUUCCGAAAAGUUCUUACGCAGAUAAGAAUCUUUCUGACAAAAGAAUCGCAAGAAGAAGGAUGAGAGUUAUAAAGAAUGUUAGAUCUAAAAUUGAAGAGAAGAAUUCCACGAUUGAAGAAACAAAUCCUGAUUUUGCCAAUAAAAUAAAUUUUCAAAAUAAUUUUUUAAAUAAUCAUAACAUAAGUCAGAAUUUUUCUAAUGAGGAAAAAACAAGAAGAAAAAUGAGAGUUGUAUUCAAGAGAAUUAAAUCUAAAUCUGAAGAAGAGGAGACAAAGACUGAAAAAGCCAGUACAGAAGAUGAUUUUACCAAUGAAAGUCUCCAAGGUACUUUUUCUAAUAAUUUUUACAGCGCUAAGAAUCUUCCUAUUGAAUAUAGGACUAGAAGAAUGAGAGUUGUAUUAAAGAGCGUCAAACUUAAGUCUGAUCCGGAAAAGAAUUCAAUGGUUGAAGGAAUGAUUGUAGAUCAUCCUAAUUUCACCAAUGGAAAUUUUAGAGACACCUUUUCAAAUAAUUUUCGCGAAAAUUUUCCUGUCAAACAUGGAACUAAAAGGAGAAUGAGAGUUGCAUUGAAAAGCAUCAAGCCUAGAUCCGAGGAAAAGAAUUCAACAAUUAAACAAACGAGUGUAAAUUCUGAUUCUAAUUUUUCCGCUAAAGAUUUUCAACAUAAUUUUUCAAGUAACCUUCACGAGAAUCUUUUUAAUGGAGAAGACGCACAAAGAAGAAUGGAAGAUGCAUUGAAAAGUGUCAAGUUUACAUCCAAGGAAAGAGAUUCAGUAGCUGAAGAAACUGUCGCUUCUGAUUUUGCUAGGAAAGAUUCUCAAGUACUUAACACGUUCCACUUUUUAAGUAAUCUUCAUAUGGGCAAUAAUCUUCCCGACAAGAAAAAGAUGAUGAAGCAUUCUAAAUCCGAGGAAGAGGAGGCGAUGACCAAACAGGAAGACACGGAGUCGCAGAUCACGAGGACGUCUGUUCCGGUCGAGAAGGACACUGAUCGAUUUUCGCUCGAGGUGACGAACGAUAAAUCAAUUAAUCGCAACUCAGAAAGUGGACAUUCUAAUAGACGUAGGAAACCGACGCCGUUCACAACGAUCGCUCCGCUAACCAACACCUUAUCGAAUACAGUUCGAAGACGUAGACCGGUUGAGACCACAAUAUCAUCGAGGAUAGAUUUCGUCGACGCAUUCGAAGGCACCGAGUCCUAUGUUAAGCCGGCUACCGUCUUGCAUGAUCAGAAUGCAGACGUGUCCGAUCAAAGCAUCCGCGCCCAAGAAUUCGCGGUGACGCUAUCGGACCCGCCGUCCUCGACGUCAGACAUUGGUCGAACACCGUUAAGGGAUGUCGAUAGGCGCAAGAUAAGCACCACCGUGAUACCUAGAACAGAUCUUACGACCAGUAGGACAGUUUCAAGGUAUGAUACGAACUUUCGAAGCCGCCAGAGAUCUCAGACGAAAGACAGGCCUACGGUGAACGCGACUACAAGACCCAGAAGACCGCCAGUGAUCGACUAUGAUUAUUACGAGGACGAGGUGCCGAGUGUCAUCGGUAAAUCUGUCCUCAACAGUAAACUCUUCCUCACGAGUAAGGGUACCAUACGUUGCAUGGACCAGGGCAACUUCCCGCAUCCGUACUCGUGUAAAAAAUUCAUCACUUGCGCUCGUAUGGUGAACGGUCAGGUGAUCGGAACCGAAUACACUUGUCCCGACAAGCUGUCCUUCGAUCCGGUCGGCGGUAUCUGCAAUUGGUCCGCCGGUCUCGGUUGUAAGGACUAAUAGAGGCUUUGCUUCAAUCACUCGACAGUUCGACAGAAAGAAAUUAUUGCAUAGGCUCGAUUACAUCAAUAUCUCCUAGAAUUCCCUCUCUUUUGUUUCUAUUACGUGACACUACAAACUGAAAAAAGAUAGUAAAAGUAUUAAAUUAAGUUUAAUAUCGAUACAAUUGAACAACCUCAAUUUUAUUUCUUAGAGUUAAAU